AUGAUGGUAUGGAGAACAAGGUAGGAGGAGGGGCUGGCUGGCGUUGUUGCAGGAGGGGCUUAUUAUAGUCCAUUGGAAACGAGACUAGAAAGGGUCAUGCAGCAGCUGUCAUCCCACACCCGAACCCCCUCUUCCAGCGCAGCGCACAGCCAACUCUCCACCCUCUUUUGCUCGCCUGCCGUCGUCGUCUCCCCUCCCUCUUUCUCUCUUAACAUAUCCAUCCAUCCAUCCUGCUCCAUCUCUACUGAGUUCCGAGGGGGAGGGACCUGGAGGUUAUGGAUGUAGUGGAGAAGUAUACUAGGAAACCCAAGGGGAGGGAGGAGCAACCGCAAGGAGGGCAGGUCUUUCUACGACCCAAGACGCGGCUAGGCCGAAACCACUAGGAAAGAGUCCGGGUCUAGUUUGCUGCUCGUCCCGCCCGCAAGCAUCGAUCGCGCGGAACCAGCAGCCUAAGCCCAGAGCCCUCCGCGCGCCUCCGCACCGCACCAAAGUGGAGGGGGGAGACGAGGCGCAGACAGCAAAUACGUGCGGCGCGCCGAUGGCGGCUUCGUCCUCGUCCUCUGGCCCCGGUGGGUCCCCGGCCCACGCGCCUCCGGGCGGCGGCGGCGGGAGCGGGGGGCCGCAUAACCACCGGUCGCGGUUCGGCGACACGACGCUGACGAAGGUGUUCGUGGGCGGGUUGGCGUGGGAGACGCCGUCCGAGGGGCUGCGCCAGCACUUCGAAGUUUACGGCGAGAUACUCGAGGCGGUCGUCAUCACCGAUCGUGAGACGGGCCGCUCCAAGGGCUACGGUUUCGUGAUUUUCCGGGACCCGGAUGCGGCGGCGCGGGCGGUGCAGAACCCGAACCCGGUGAUCGCCGGCCGGCGCGCCAACUGCAACAUUGCGGCGUUCGGCCCGCCGCGGGCCGCGCAGCACCCGAGAGGAGGGAGAGGAGGUGCCGGCCGCGGGCCUCACGUGCCGGAUCAGCAGCCGCAGGGGUCGCCCUACAGGAUGCCGUCCCAGAUGACCGCGCCUCAGGCCGCCACGGUGUUCUACAAUCCCCACCAGUACGGGUACUGGUACCCACCUGAUUAUCCAUACCAACAGGCAUUGUACAAUUCUCAAGUGCUACAACAUUACUACCCUCAGAUGUAUGGUCCAGCCUCUCCUUCAGGACCACCCUACCAAUACAUGGGGUAUAUGCCUGGUGGCCCAAGUCCAAGGACUGGAUUCUCGCCGAUGCAGCAACCCAUGCGACCACCGUUCUUUCAGCAGCCACCGGCACAGAUGGAUGGUUCUUUCCCACCAGGGCCUUCGCUUCCGCCUAAUUUCAGACUCCAGCUGCCUCCUCAUGCAGUCUCAAGGGAAUCUGAUGAUGUAUCUGCAGGCUCUCAGUCAGCUCAGCCAACUUCUUCAACUCCAGCUACAAUCACAAACAACCAAGAAGAUUCGAGGCCUGUAGUGUCAGAUUCUGAUCCAAACACACCAAAUUGACUUUCUGAGAAUCCUGGCAACAUGAUCUGAUGCCAAUCUGAUGCAGACAAUUGGUGGUCUGUAACAGAGUCCAUGAUACUCUCACAUCUUGACUGAAAAAGUUCCCAAAGAUUUGUUCUUUCAUUAUUUCUAAUUCUUUUUUGAAUUCUUGCAUUGCAUUUCUUCAUCGAAUCCAUUGUACGGCCGACUGAAUUCAAGUUCAAAAUUCAGGAAUUCGCUAGCGUAAGUUCCGGUGGCAUGUUAGUGUUCAAAAAAAGUACUGCCGUCUUGUUAGUUCGUAUCUCAAUAUGCAGUACAGUUUUUCAUUGAGGAGCCACAGCCACCUAGUAUUAUUGCAACAAUAAAGUUCUUUCCCUUGAUCUA